AUGGAUUCAAGGGUGGUGAAGAAAUCAAGUCCUGAAAUUGAGGUGGUAAUUAGAAGAGCAAUAUGGGUUUUGGCUAUGGUGGUGUUUAUGGGGAGUAUUAUGAUGUGGAUCAUGUCUCCUACUCAAACAUACAGGCAAAUUUGGUUGCUUAGUAUCCGAAGUAAGACCAACUCCACCUAUUUUGGAUCUCAAGGUGCAACGCUUUUGAUAUUUACAUUCCCAAUCCUCUUCAUUGCUGUACUAGGAUGUGUCUACCUCCAUCUCAAGGGGAAGAGAUUAAAUCAUCAAAACAUGGACAGUGGGGAGAAGGUAUCUCUGUUGGGCCGGUGGAGGAGGCCCAUGUUGGUGAAAGGCCCAUUAGGGAUAGUUUCAGGAGUAGAACUAGCAUUCUUUGUCAUGUUCAUGGCACUCUUGGUUUGGUAUCUAUCAACAGCUUUGCACAACAGAUUUGAAGCCAUCACUCCACAAUCAGCAGCAAAUAAAGGACAGCAAGUAUGGCAAGUGAAGUUGUCAACUGCAGCACUAGUGGUAGGUUUGGUUGGGAAUAUUUGUCUUGCAUUUCUCUUCUACCCAGUGGCUCGUGGAUCAUCUGUGCUGCCACUAUUUGGGUUAACGUCUGAGGGAAGCAUUAAGUACCAUAUAUGGCUUGGUCACACAGUCAUGGCUCUCUUCACUGUUCAUGGAGUUUGCUUCGUUAUCUACUGGGCUGUUACUCAUCAAAUUUCAGAGAUGACAAAGUGGGCAAAAACUGAUAUAUCAAACGUGGCAGGGGAGCUAGCUUUGCUCGCAGGACUAGCGAUGUGGGCGACGACAUUCCCUGGCAUUAGGCGAAAAAUGUUUGAAGUCUUCUUCUACACCCAUCACCUCUACAUUGUCUUCAUCUUUUUCUUCAUAUUUCAUGUUGGCAUCUCUUAUGCCUGCAUUAUGCUUCCCGGGUUUUACCUCUUCUUGGUCGAUCGUUACCUGAGAUUCUUACAAUCGCGACAAAGAGUUCGAUUAGUCUCUGCUCGAGUCUUGCCUGGCGCAACCAUAGAACUCAAUUUCUCUAAAUCUCCAAGUUUGAAGUAUAACCCAACAAGUACUAUGUUUAUCAAUGUUCCUGGCAUAUCAAAGCUUCAAUGGCAUCCAUUCACAAUUACUUCUAAUAGUAGUUUGGAAUCUGAUAAGCUCAGUGUUGUCAUCAAAACUGAAGGAAAAUGGUCCACCAAGCUUUAUCAGAUUCUUUCUUCACCAUCUUCGAUCGAUCGUUUAGACGUCUCUGUUGAAGGACCUUAUGGACCUGCUUCCACCCAUUUCUUAAGGCAUGACACACUUGUGAUGGUGAGUGGAGGCAGUGGAAUCACUCCUUUUAUAUCAAUAAUUAGGGAGCUGAUUUUCCUAAGCGUGACAAACGAAUGCAAGACUCCGCGAGUAAUCCUAAUUUGUGCAUUCAAGAACUCUUCAGACCUCACUAUGUUGGAUCUUCUGCUUCCAAUUUCUGGCUCCCAAUCCAGCAUUUCAAAUCUGGAGCUGCAAAUUGAGGCCUUUGUGACAAGAGAGAAAGAACCCACUGUCGAUAACCAUUCGAAGAAUGUUCGGACUUUAUGGUUCAAGCCUCUGCCAACUGAUGCACCAGUGACAGCAAUUUUAGGCCAAAACUCUUGGCUUUGGCUUGGCAUGAUUUUGUCAACUUCUUUCGUUAUAUUCCUAAUCUUGCUUGGAAUCAUGAACAGAUACUACAUUUAUCCGAUCGAUCAUAACAGCAACGAUGUUUUCCCGCUCUCUUUGAGAUCUUUCUUGAAUAUGUUAGUCAUUUGUGUAGGCAUUGGCAGUGCUGCCAGUGCAGCUGUUCUAUGGAACAAGAGGCAAAAUGUCAGAGAAGCAAAUCAGAUUAAGAACAUGGAAGGAGCAACACCGUCCGGGACGCCAGCUUCACCAUACAAUGCUGAUAGGGAAUUGGAGAGUGUCCCGUCCCAAGGUCUUGUUCAGUCCUCAAAUGUGCAUUAUGGAGCAAGGCCUAACCUCAAGAGAAUGAUAUUAGAGUGUGGAGAAUCAAGCGUUGGAGUUGUUGCAAGUGGUCCAAGGAAAAUGAGACAAGAGGUUGCAAAUAUUUGUUCAUCUGGAUUAGCAGACAAUCUGCAUUUUGAGUCCAUCAGCUUUAGCUGGUGA